AUGUCUACCAAUGCCAAUGCCCCCUAUAGCUAUACUCCUACUGGUAGAGUAAGAAAGAAGCCUGUCAAAAAUUCCAAAGCAGCUCUGCCUGCACCUGCACCUACACCACUACCUACUCCUCAAGUACCUACACCUACUGAAAAACUUAUCAAAUGCCCAGCCUGUGAUAAGGAUUUUCAGCACCGGAAGGAUCCUCAAAAAGCUGUUUGGCAACACCUUCUCUAUUAUACUAAGGGAUAUUUUGCUAGAAAGGAUCAUAAAGCAACAUAUACGGCUUUGAAGGAGGAGAGGAAAAAAGGAAAAGGGACUAAGAAGGAACGCGAACGGGCAAAUUCAGCAAGAUGGAGAGCAAAUAAUGUUAGGAAGGCAAAGCGGUCUUCUGCAAUGGGAACAGCAAAACUUAAAUUUGAAAGAAUUUUGAGGAGAGUUGGAGAGUUUUCGGAACAGGCAUUGACAGAUUUAGUUGAGGAAAAAAUGAAGGAAUGA